UUUCAAGAAGUUGCUUAUGCAGGAAUAGUACUAGUAGCUUCAAGUGUCUAAGUAAUCCUGCACAUCCUGAGUUAGACACAAGCUCAGAUGCCAGCCUGACUUCAGUCAUAAUAAAUUUACCUGCCAGCAAAUUUUAGUAUGUUAACAUGGACUACAUGGAAGAAGCUCCUGACAAGCUGCAACAAGAUUUAAGAAGGUUCUGAAAAACUUAGUCAUAGGGCAUAAAUAAAUCAUUAUGUGCUGUUGAAGAAGAUGAAUUUGAGUCUAGCUCAAUACCAAAUAAUUCACACUGAAUGAGAUGACUCUAUUAACUGGUACAGAUUUGAAUAGCACUUGAAUGAAAUUUGUUAGUGCCCUUACAAUGAAGUCUGCAACGCGAAGAUGUGAUGAUGGCCAUGGUUUAUAUGACUAAGUGGUUGUUAUACCAACCUAGCCAGCAGGCAUGACUGCACCUGAUUUGACUGCCUUUCUUCAGAAGUGAACAGAAACAGCUGUUCAAACAGCUGAAUGUCUUUUGCUAUCCCUGUGACUACCAUUGUUUUAAUCUGAGAAGAGUGGUUGAAGCUGGAGUAAUGAUCUCUUCUGCACUUACCAGUAACCCAGCACAGAGAUGCCACCAGUGACACAUGACAGGGUCUUCAAUUCAUCUCCCCUGGAAAUGGACCGUUUUUCCUCAUUCAAAUUCCCAUCUCAGUAAGGAUACUGCAAUCACAGAAAAAGUCCAGAAGUUAAGAGUGAUUAAAGACAAGAUGGAGAGACUUUCACGCGACAGAUGUGUGAAACCUGGUGCUACUGAGCUGAGACUGUUUGGUUAACAAUUCUCAUAAAGCACAUUACAAGUCCUUCCUGGAAGUACAAAUUGAGGAGAGAAAGCAUUCCAGCUGGACUAUAGCUCUUACUGAACAAAGUCAUAAUGCUUUUGCAGCAUUACUACACCAAGUGGCCCUAUAACUCAUGUUUGGAGUACGCCAAAGAUCUCUGCAAUCCUCAGACGGUCAUGGAGCCAUAUUUUCCUGGUUUUAAGCACAUGCAGCAGGACUAUGAAGUUACUCUUGAACUUGCAAGUGAGGAGACUCAGAAGAAUAGGAAUGCACAGAAUUCUAAGACGGGAUCUUAUGGUGUCAGUAUUAGAGUUCAAGGAAUUGAUGGACAUCCUUACAUAGUACUAAACAAUACAGAAGGAUGUUUGUCAGAAAAUCCUCCUCCUUCUGGAAAAGAUCAGAAGGUCCUUUCUCAGACUGCAAGCAAGCCAUCCACAGAAUCCAAUACUGCUUUUAAACUGGAGGACAGAAACAGUGAACACACACAGUUUCCUGCAACACAGCUUGUUCAACCCUGUAUGUUUAAAAGCCUCAAGAUAACCAAUCUGGAUGAAAAGGAAAACGGACUAUCAGAUUUUAGAGAUGGAUUGCCAAAAUCCUCCAAUUUGUUGAACUUUCAAAGACAUCCUGAGCUUUUACAGCCUUAUGAUCCUGAGAAGAAUAACUUGAGCUUGGAUAGUUACCAGUCUUCCAUGUGCAGUAAAUCUACAUCUUUUGCAAAAGAAGAUAAAACUGAAGCAAAGCCUUGGAUUUCCUCAUCUAAAGUUGUGUCCCUACAGAAAACAAAUACGUAUCUUGCAGAGUCAGCCACAGCAAAUUCAAAAAAAGUACAUUUAAACAGGGCAGUAGACAUAGAAGACCAAAAUAAACAGGUGUUGGAUUGUCCCGGUAGUGCUAUCAGCCCAAGUGAAGUGCAUGUUUCAGAAUCGUUUUCAUCUACAGGAGGAUCCCCAUGUGCUAGUCCUAUUGCUUAUCCGGAAACUAGAAAACCUAGACCAGAUGUUCUUCCCUUCCGCAGACAAGAUUCAGCUGGGCAGGUGUUAGAUGACUCACGAAGAUCAUCGUCCUCAUCAGCUACUCCCACUUCUGCAAAUUCCUUGUACAGAUUUUUACUUGACGACCAAGAGUAUGCAAUCUAUGCAGACAAUGUUAAUCGGCAUGAAAACAGAAGAUACAUCCCAUUUUUACCUGGAACUGGCCGUGAUAUUGACACCGGUUCCCUUCCAGGAGUAGAUCAGCUAAUUGAGAAGUUUGACAAGAAAGUUGAUCCUCACAGAAGAGGUAGGUCAGGAAAAAGGAAUAGAAUUCAUCCAGAUGAUCGUAAAAGAUCAAGAAGUGUUGAUAGUGCCUUGCCAUUAGGGUUUGAUAUAAACUCAAAUAAUUUAGGUGAAUUCAGUAAAAGCUUGGGUAAAUCAGCUGAGCACUUGCUAAGACCGUCUAAAGUUUGCCUCCACAAGCAGUUAUCCAGAGAGCAAAAGCCACCUUCCAAAGACAUGAAAAUUUCUGCUCGAAGUAUUGGAAAACUGCAAAUGCCUGAUAAAGACUCUCAGAACAGUCAUUUCAGUUCUUUGCAGUAUCAUAAACAAAAUGGAGCUAAUACUGAGAGCUUCACGUUUAGGUCAUCCACGCUCCCAGGACAGAAUAAGAGAGAUGAAGUUAAAACAGUAACUUCUACUCUGUUGUUGCCAAACCGUAUCACAAUUCCAUCAGAUUCAGGAGCCAAGAAGAUUUCUGUAAAGACAUUUUCAUCUGUCCCUAAUACACAGGCAACUCCUGAUCUCUUAAAAGGCCAGCAAGACAUUGCACAGCAAACAAAUGAAGAGACUGCUAAACAGAUACUUUACAAUUACCUUAAAGAAGGAAGUGCUGAUAAUGAUGAUGCAACAAAGAGAAAAGUCAACUUGGUUUUUGAGAAAAUUCAGACAUUAAAGUCAAGAGCUGCUGGAAAGACACCGGUUUCUGAUUCUUCAGCUGAAGUAAAAGCGUUGGUGGAGCAAAAAACAGAGCUUGAAAGGAAAGUGGAAGAAUUACAGAAAAAACUGGAUCUAGAAAUCAGGAAUCAGCAAAACACAAAAGAGGAGAGAGAUGCUACACGAGCAAGCCUGAAAGAUCUUCAGUUCCAACUUGAUGAAAGUAUAUGUGAAAGAGAUGCCUUAAAAAAGAAGCUGGAAGAAAACGAGAAGGAACUCCGGCAGAACCUAGAGGAGCUUUUUCAAGUGAAGAUGGAACAGGAACAACACCAGACUGAGAUCAGAGAUCUUCAAGACCAGCUCUCUGAGAUGCAUGAUGAACUGGAUAAUGCAAAACAUACCGAUGAAGGGGAGAAAGAGGUUCUAAUUGAGGAGCUGAUGCAAAUGAAGCAGGAUCUGCAAGAAGUAUUAAUAGCAAAAGAACAACAAGAAGAAAUUUUGAGAAAGAGAGAGCGAGAGCUUACUGCUUUAAAAGGAGCACUAAAAGAAGAAGUAUCUAGCCAUGACAUGGAGAUGGAUAAACUUAAAGAGCAACACGAUAAAGAAUUGCUCAAUCUGCAGCAGAGCCUGGAGAAAGCAACAAAGAAUGCUGCUGUCCUUGCUAGUGAAAGAAACGCUGCAGAAGAGAUGCGAAAUAGUACAGAAAAUCAAGUGAAGGAGCUGAUGAAGGAAAAUGAACAGUUGAAAAGAACAGUUGAUGAGCUAGAGAGUAAAAAUGAAGAGUUGCAUAAACAAUUUGAUAAUAUGAAAGAAGAAGAAGGUUCAGUGAAGGAAAAAAUAAAGAGGUGUGAGGAAGAGAAGCAACAAUUAGAAGAAGCUUUGAAACAUGCUGAAAACGAGGCAAAAGAUUUGGUGGUGUUAAAAAGAUCUUUGGAAAGCCAGCUAGAAGAUAUGCAGGAGAACAUUCGAUGUAUUUCACAGGAACGGCAGCAGUUAAUCCAAGAGUUAAAAGAUGAAAUUCACCAGAAGGAACAGCUGAAGAAGAUAAAGAGUGAAAUGGAAAAUGAACAAUGGCAAUUGAACAAGACCAUUGAAAAGUUAAAGGAAGAGAUGGCUGAAGUGGUAGAGGUCUCAAGAACAUCAACCCUGGAGCUCCAGAGCCAGCUUGAUGAAUACAAGGAGAAAAAUCGCAGGGAACUUGCAGAUGUGCAGAGACAAUUGAAAGAGAAAAACCUUGAGGUAGAAAAAUCACGCCUGACAACCAUGAGAAUGCAGGAUGAGAUGCGUCUCAUGGAAGAAAACUUGAGAGACCACCAGAGAGCUCAAGAUGAAGCAAUAACAAAAACUCAGCUGCUGGAACAGACUGUAAAAGGCUUGGAAUAUGAACUGGAGGUCAAAAACCACUUAAAAGACGAUCGGGCAAGACAAAUCAAAUUAAUGGAGGACAAAUUAUCUCACCUGGAACUUGAGCUUGAUGAAGAAAAGAAUAAUUCAGAUUUGUUGUCUGAGAGGAUCAGUAGAUGCAGAGAACAGAUUGAACAAAUGAGGACAGAGCUACUUCAGGAAAGAGCUACAAAGCAAGACUUGGAGUGUGACAAAAUUUCAUUGGAAAGACAGAACAAGGACUUAAAGAGCCGAAUCCUUCACCUGGAAGGUUCUUACCGAUCCAGUAAAGAGGGACUUGUUGCUCAAAUGGAAGCAAGGAUCACAGAGCUAGAAGAACGUCUUGAAAAUGAAGAGAGGGAUAGGGCUAAUUUCCAACUAAAUAACCGCAGACUUGAGAGAAAAGUGAAGGAGUUAAUGUUGCAAGUAGAUGAUGAACAUCUCUCAUUGACUGACCAAAAGGACCAGUUGAGUUUGCGUUUGAAAGCAAUGAAACGUCAAGUUGAAGAAGCUGAAGAAGAAAUAGACAGACUGGAAAGUGCUAAAAAGAAACUUCAGAGAGAACUGGAAGAGCAACUAGACAUAAAUGAACAAUUGCAAGGACAACUUAAUGCUGCAAAGAAGGAACUAAGUAGACGAAAGAAGUCACCAAGUAAAAUGCUGACUGAUUUUGAUGAUGAUGAUGAUGAUGAGUUCAGCACGGAUGGCGAUAGUCUCUGUGAAGUGCCUUCAGGAAAUAACUUUUCAAAAGAUGAUGACACAAUAAACUAAACUAUUGAAUCUAUGAUUCCUUGAAACUGGUGGAAGAAUAACCUAAAUUAUCAAGAAACUGAAUAUUCUAGAAGCCAAAUGCCAUAAAGGGAUGUAAGACCUGCAAAUUUAAUGUUUCCAUUCAUACUGUGCCAUUUUCUUAUUUAGAUAUCCUCUGUUUAUUAUAGAAAACAGGAUUGCAUUAUAAAACAGCUAUAAAACUUGGUUAUAUAUAACUACUACUGAAAACACGGGGAUAAUGUUUCACAUUGGAAAUGUGAUUUUGCUAAAAUUUAGUUUAAGUAAAGAGCCAUUUGAAAGUAAUUUAAAAUUAGCUUGUAGUUAUUAAAAUAUUUUCCCCUAAAAUUAAAGAAGCCACGGACAAUUGUUUAGUAAUUGUAAGUACAAAGGAAUGAUGUAUAGAAUGUAAAUAUUUUAAAUCUGAUCUUUUUAUUGACUACUUUAGUACUACUUUGUAAAGCUUCAAAAAUUAUAUAAAUCAGUUUCAUAUGUAAAAUAUCUAAAUGUAUACUGAAUAUUGUAUUUGGGUUUUAACAAAACAAAAAGAAAAAGAAUAUAUUUUUGUGCAUUACAGAGCAGAUUCACUGUUCCUGAGCCAGGAAGUACAUUCUAAUUUUAAAAACAGUGCAAGUUUUAUUGUGUAUGUGUUAAGAUCAAGUGCUAAUUCUGCCUGUUGACUUUAAAGGGGCCAUCACAUGUGCAUGACAAGUGAGGCUUGCCUACUACUUUCUUGUAAGCUGUCUGGGAAGCUUUCUGUCCAUAUGAGGGAGGGAUGAGAAUGAAGUCAGUUACUACUUGGCAUUUUUCAUUUCCUGAAAUGGACUCCAUGCUGCAAGGGGCGCACAGGACUGUAGGCCUGCUCAUUUGAGGGCAAGAGGACAGGCUAAUCUUAAAGUCUCUGAGGAGUCCUACAAAAGAAAUUGCAUCCAGGAAACAAAAGUGUGUAAUCUGAUUUUUCUUUCUAACCUGUUCUUGAGCAUCUAUUUGUAAUGUAAUGCAAUGUAUGGCCAUGUAUGCAGAUACAUAUUAGUAUUUCAAUUUAUAGAAAUAUCUGCAUUUUGGAUGAUCCAUCUGUUGAACAAACUGUGGGAAAUUAAAAAAGAAAAAAAGCAUUGCAGAUUUAAUUUUAAAAGUGCUUUCCAUUUUGUUGCUAAAAAUAUUUUUGUUGUUUAUCUUGCAUCAUUUUUGCUCCUUUGCAAAAUAUAAUUUUAAGGAAAGGCACUGCGAUGUUAUUUUAUUAAUAAACCAUAGAUAUGUUCCCUCUCGUUAUUAGUAUUUGUCCCCAGUUACAUAUAACUGAACACUUUUUCAGUGAAUGUGCCCACUACUAGUUAUUGUAACUGUAAAAAUAUUUAACCUGGAGUUCCUGGGAGCUUCCAUUACUCCCACAGCAGUAUCUACUGAAGAGGACAAAUUUAACUGCUCUGAAAGUAAGGCGGAUAACCUUGCUUAAGGCAAAAGUUCUGACAAUGGAGCAUCCAUUUUCAUAUGAUUAUGUGAAAUGAAACUCCUGCCUGGCAGAUCAGAAAUAUAUUAAUACACAGCAGAUUACAGACUCUGUUGCCAUAUAAUUCCCUUCAAAUUGAUUUUGAUGGAUUGAGAUAUAUGGGAACUAACAGGAACUGAGUAGUUAUGAUCGUGUAAUUUUGCUGCAGUAUCAGCUUUACUAUUUUGGCAAGGUCAAAACAGCUCUUCUUCCAGGAAGAUCUGCACUAUACUGUAUUGACAAUCAUUGUAUAACCUGCUGUGAUUUAUUUUAUGUUUCAUUAACAUGUUUGUGUAGACUUAGCUUUAAUCAACUGAUUCCAAUGUUCAGUUCUGUUCUGGUACUCUGUCCUAAUGUUCAUAGAUAACUAUUAUUUCAAACCACUGGGAGAAAAUCACAUAAUAUUGCAGCUACCUCCAGUUACACUAAACUGUAAAAGAAAAAUUCACUUCAAAUAAAGAGUAAGACAGCUCCUGCUGUUCUUUGUAUGGUGCAUUUAGCUCAAUAUGACAACUGAAUUUCAUAUGGAAGAUGUGUAAGUUUAAAAUAGAACAAGAAUAUAAUUAUCUGAGAAACAGUAAUGCUCUUGAAAGGGUUUCAGGAGAGAUCCUGCCUGUUACACCUUGCCACUCCCUGUUAUGUCAUCAUCAAAAGAACUGUCCUUUGCUUUUUCCUUUAGACUUGGAAAUGGCAUUUCCUCUAAUGAAAUGACUAAAGUCAAAGAAAAUUUUAAAACAUUGGAAAGGGAAUUUCAACUCAUUCACAAAAAAAAAAUAAAAAUAUCUCUUGUUAUGUUUCAAUA